AUGCCGCGACAACAACGCUCUAUACAGACUUCUUGUGAAGGUAGAAUAAGUCUUGCUAUGGCAUCUUAUCCGUACGACGUGCCAAAGUCGACGCUCCAACGACGUCUUCAUGGUAUCCAGGCGCGAUCAGAGACAGCCUCUGUCAACCGCAAGCUAUCGCCAAUUGAAGAGCAGUCUCUUGUA